AUGGCCAUGCGCCUAAUUCGACAUUCCUACCGCAUCUGCUUCACAGCACAUCAAUUGACCGUUCGAUCUAUCACCACCAAAGCCUCUGCUCCCACGAUUGUCAGCACCCCGAGCGCGAUUCCGUGUCAGCCGAAGCGCCUUCGGUGCACCGAGGUGGACGAAAAUGGCGACGUGACAGUGCGAUAUAUCUCGGCGAAGAAAACCGAGCUCACCACACGCUACGGCCUUGUCCCUCGGGACAUUCGCAAGAUUGAGCUUUCGACACUCUCCCACAUUGGCAUCCGGCCCUCGACCGUUCUCAUUCACCUCUUCCACCUGAAGGUGUUGGUGCAGCGUGACCGAGUCCUUAUUUUCGACGAUGCGACGAGUCCCACCUCACGCGAAGCAUUUCUGCGCGACAUCGGCGAAGCAAUAAAACUGAGGAAUGCGGCGUUGGCCGAGGUAGCGUGCGAGCGCAAGGAAGACGAGACAUACGCGCAGCCGCAAGCCACCUUUGAGUUCCUGGCCCUAGAGGCUGUCUUGAGCUCCGUUGUAACGGAGCUCGAGGGAGAGCUCGCGGCUGUGCGACUUCCGGCUGAUCGUGUCCUCGCAUCUCUCGAAGAUGAUGUGGACCGCCGCGUGUUGCUGAACCUGUUCGGUCUGUCCGGAAGGGCAACCUGGGUUGCGGCGCAAGCGGAGCUGGUCCUCGGCGCUGUCGAAGAUGUCCUCGAUUGGGACGACAGUCUUGCCGCUCUGUAUCUGACAGAGAAGGCAGACCCGAAUGCCUUGGCAAAGACUGUGGACGACGACCUCACGGCGGCAGAGUCAUUACUGGGGUCGUACUACAACGCUCUCAACGAGAUCGUGCAGGAGGCGCAGAGUCUGGUGUCCAGCAUUCGGAACACCCAAGAGAGCGCCAGCGCCAUUCUCGAUGCCAACCGCAACUCGUUGAUGUUACUCGACCUCAAAUACCGCAUGGGGACGCUUGGCCUUGCAUCGGGCUCCUUCUUUUCUGCCUUCUACGGCAUGAAUAUAUCUAACUAUAUUGUAGACUACAACUGGGCGUUUCCGGGCUGA